UCGUAACAGCCCUCAUCUCAAUUCUUACAAAUGGUGAAAGUGGGUCGGAUCAAGCUCGGGUCACAAGGCAUGGAAGUUUCAACUCAGGGACUCGGGUGCAUGGGCAUGACCUUUGGCUACGGGCCUCCGAAACCCGAACCCGACAUGGUCGCCCUCAUCCGCCAUGCCGUCGAGAGCGGCGUCACAUUUUUUGACACUUCUGAUGUCUACGGCCCGCACACCAAUGAAAUCCUUCUCGGGAAGGCAUUGAAGGGAGGUACAAGAGAGAAGUUUGAAUUGGCAACCAAAUUCGGAAUCAGUUAUGUGGAUGGGAAGGGAGAGAUUCGAGGCGAUCCUGCGUAUGUGAGAGCGGCUUGUGAGGCGAGCUUGAAGAGACUGGACACCGAUUGCAUUGAUCUCUACUACCAGCAUCGUAUUGAUACUCGUGUGCCUAUUGAAGUCACGGUUGGGGAACUUAAAGAACUUGUUGAGGAAGGAAAAAUAAAAUACAUUGGAUUGUCUGAGGCCUCAGCUUCAACAAUUAGAAGAGCACAUGCUGUUCAUCCUAUAACAGCUGUGCAAUUGGAGUGGUCCUUGUGGUCAAGAGAUGUGGAGGAAGAAAUCGUUCCAACCUGCAGGGAACUUGGCAUUGGAAUUGUUGCCUAUAGUCCUCUUGGACGAGGAUUCUUGUCAUCAGGACCAAAGUUACUUGAAAAUCUGACACAGGAUGACUUCCGGAAGUAUCUGCCUAGAUUCCAGCCUGAAAACCUGGAGCACAAUAAAACUAUAUUCGAGAAGGUUAAUGAAAUGGCUACAAAAAAGGGAUGCACUCCAUCCCAGCUAGCCUUGGCCUGGGUUCACCGCCGGGGAAAUGAUGUGUGCCCCAUACCCGGAACCACGAAAAUCGAGAACUUUGAUCAAAAUAUCGGGGCUUUGUUGGUUAAGCUAACACCGGAAGAAAUGGCACAGCUGGAAUCUUUUGCUGCUACUGAUGCUGUCAAGGGUGAUAGAUAUGGGUCCGGAAUGGCUACAUGGAAGGACUCUGACACUCCCCCGCUUUCUUCCUGGAAAGCUGCAUAAAUAAGUACAUACUCUGUACAUCAUCAAUUACUUGAUGCUGCAACCUUGUGCAAACUGUUCUUUAUCUUGUUGUAUCAAUCCUUUUAGGCUGCAUGGUUAUGUGUGUCUUUUAAAGUUGUUUGAAUUUUAUGGUCGGUUGUUGUUGUUGUGUAGUUCUAAGUAAACGGAGACACCAGACAUUACUUUGCCUUAGAUCUGUUUCUUCUUCGAUGUUUUUGUUUCUAACACCAUGUGUAUGUAGGUCUAAAUAAGCCAAGACACCAGAGAUUGCUUUGCCUUAAAUCUGUUUCUUCUUCUAUAUUAUCAAAUUCUAGUUAUUACCAUUUACGCAUUUCA